CGCGCACCGAACUGGCCACGUCAGCCGGCGGGACCCGCACGAAAUGGCGAAAUGGCCAUGCCAUCGCAAAGCUUAGCCAGCCAUCGCAGCCCAAAAGCCUGGUGGGCUUGCCCGAGGGCCCGCACCAUGCUCCCGUGGCUCGUCCUCCCACUGCUCGUGCGAGGCCACGGCGACGACGGCGCCCACACGCACCUAGUAAACUCGAUCAAUGACUGCCCCGACGCGACGUGGUCCUAUCGAGACCACACGUGCUACAAGCUGACGGACAAAUCGUAUACAUUUGAUGAGUGCAACCGCGUCUACUGCCCGUUACUCGCUUCUGGCAACUCCACACUCGCCUGCGUCUCCAGUUCUACCAUCAACGCUUACCUCGCCGGCGAUUUAGAUGGGAAGAAGCACCCGACCUGGGUCGGCCUGCACCAGCGGAGGGCCGACGACGCCGAAAACGGCUGGAUCCGCCAAGCGGCUUCCGAGUGCACCUCCACUUAUACAGCGUGGCGGGACAACGAACCGAACGACUGGUCCGGCUGCACGGAAGACUGCGCCGCCAUGGGCUGGGAGACGAACAAGCCUUCCGAUAUGAAGAAGUGGGUCGACGUCGGUUGCAAUGCGGCGGCCCGGUGCGCGUGCGAGUACCCCUCGUCGCUAUCAGCAUCCUACGUGGCGCCGCGCGAGGUGACCUACGACAGGUGUUCGUGGGUCCGAGUCUACCGCGCGCUCGCGUGGAGUUCCUUGGGACUGCUGGUCGCGGCGGUCGUCUUGAUCGUAGUUGUCCUGCGGGCCAGGCCCGAGGAAGUCGAGGACUCGAGCGACGAGCUCCAGAACCCCAUGAUCGGUAUUGUGGAGGUGCCCUUCGCGACGCCGUAUCGGGUCGAGAGCGGCCUACCUAAUGUAGAGGCGGCGAAGCUCGCUAGAAUAGUCUUGCGAUUGAUUUUUGGCUUUACGUUCCUAAAUGUCGUGUGGUGGGCGCUGACCUGGAUUGUUAUACUAUCUUACGGUAUCGAGCGGAGCGCGACGACCUGGGCCUUCUCGAUUAUUGGAUUGAUCGUGACGUUACUCGCGGCGAAGUUGGGGAUCGCGAGCGUCAAGGCGCCGACCAACGAAGUCUACAAGGGCUGCGGCAACGCGCGGGCCUUCAACUGCAUCAAUUGGGUCCUCGUGGCCAUCUACGGCGUGGGCUUCGUCAUCUCGUUGCUCUCGUUGCCGUUUAACCCCGCCUACCACGAGGUCGUCUCGAACUUCGUCUUCUGCCUGGGUUAUGGGUUGAUCGCGCGGUUCUCGGUGAAACUGCUCGCCGAGGUCCACGCGCCGCCGCCCCCUCUCCCCGUCGCCGCGGCGCGCGAGGUCGACGCGCCGGUGGUCGAAGAGUGCGAGAUGACGGACGUGGCUUUGAAUGAUGAGCCUUCUGCGCGCGUCGUCGUCGCGACCCAGCCGUCGUCGCCGGUCGUCGCGGCGCAGCCCGUGUGAUCUGUUUGUGUAAUUUUAAAC